UGUGUCACGUGGACUGGUGUAAUGGUUCAUUUAACCGUUCAAGUUGACAUUAACAUGUUUUGACCAUUACUAUACAUUGGACGUGGUGAUUACAUCCGUAUUCACUAGGGCUGAUCAGGAGCUGAUAAUGGGGCUGAUUCGUAAUCUCAUAACAGAGAAAAUGCAACCCACAGUUGAGUGGCGGAUGUUCGCCUCAGAGCGCGCAGGCUUAUGGGUAAUGUGAGGUGCAGGCAGUACACGUUGAAGACUGGUGGUGGAAAAAUAGCUUCCGCAGUUGGCGAGGUUAAAUGUUUUGUAAGUGUACACUGUUGGCAUGUUGAACGCUUGUUUCUGUCGUGUUCCGCAAGAGUAACAAGGUAACCACGUAAGCGAUGCUCGCCCAAUCCUUUGAUAACAGGAGCAACAUGAGUCUGAACGAGCAUUCACUGCAAGCACUGUCCUGGAGGAAGCUGUACCUGAGUCGAGCUAAACUGAAGGCUUCUAGUCGGACAUCAGCUCUGCUUUCUGGAUUCGCUAUGGUGGCUAUGGUAGAAGUGCAGCUGGACAACAGCUAUCCUUACCCACCUGCUCUACUCAUUGCCUUCAGUGCCUGCACCACUGUGCUUGUGGCUGUCCAUCUGUUCGCUCUGAUGGUCAGCACCUGCAUUUUACCCAAUAUAGAGGCUGUCAGCAAUGUCCACAACCUUAACUCUGUGAAGGAGUCUCCACACGAGCGAAUGCAUCACCACAUUGAACUGGCAUGGGCUUUUUCUACAGUUAUUGGUACCUUACUCUUCCUAGCCGAGGUGGUUCUACUCUGCUGGGUCAAAUUUUUGCCAGUUAAGCCCAAUAAGUCCAGUAAUAAUACCGUUUCAGCUGGUGUGGCUGCUGCUAUUACCUCCACCUCUAUUAUGGUUCCUUUUGGUUUAGUCUUCAUAGUGUUUGCUGUGCAUUUCUACCGUUCCUUGGUUAGCCACAAGACUGACAGACAGUUUCAGGAGCUGGAGGAACUUUCUAAUCUCACCAGGCUACAAAACGAGCUGGACAACAGAGGGGAGUCUUCCAUCUUGCAGUCUCCAAGCUCACAUUUCCCAUAGUGAAGUAUGGCGGAUACGCAUCUAUGGUGAAACUCUUGACUGCAAGUCAGAAACCACAUUAUUGGCUUCUAAUUUUUUACAGGAAUGAGGAUGUCUCAAAUCUUUGUUGUGACAUUUACUUUUGUGAAAAGAGUUGUAUUUUUUAGAAAACACGUUCGUUCAACUGUGAACUCAAAAAUCUGCCGUAAUGCAUGUGACUUGAAAUUGGAGUCUUAAUUGAAGUUUUAACUAUAAUAGUUGUUUGAUUUAACUUAUAGACUCAUCUCAUAUACACAAUGGCAGAGGCUUCUGAACAACUUGGAACCCUGUCUGUUGCCUGCUGCAUUUAUUUACCUGUUUGUCAGUGAACACUGCAUUUGUUAAUAUAUAUAUAGUACCUUGUUGUGUUUUGUAAACCACAAGUAUUUAAUUAUCCUCCUUGUUCACUGUGUACAUGAUUUCUUGUGAUGUCCACCAAUUGUUUUUGUAAUGCUUGUAGACUGACUCAACAGCUGCUAAAACAACCAUGUUAUUAGUAUAGUAUAUUUGCUGACAUCUGUAGCACAGGCUGUGGUGUUAAAAUAAACGUUUUUUUUUAUCAAAUGCCA